AUGGAAACCGGGGAGCCCUCGGCGAGCGGAGCCGGCGAGUGCGUGCGCUGCUGCCGCCGCUCGCCGCCCGCGGGCCCCGACCGCCGGACGCAGCGCGAGGGCGCGGACUCCGGCGGCGGCGCCUCUCCCACCGCGGCCCUACCGCCCGCGCCUCCCCGGCUCCUCCCCUCCGCUCUCCGCCCCCCACCGGUCCCCGGUCCGCGCUCGGCUUCGGGCGGUCCUCCCGGGUCUGUGCUCCCGUCUCCUCUGCGCGCCUUUUGCCCCCCAGCCCGCAGACCCGCAGGCUUCUGGAGACCGUGGUUUGACGCCAGAGGCUACAAGGAGGAGGGGGCGCCGCAGCACGCGGCGGAGGCGAUGCCGGACGGCCCCGGGGUGACCGAAGCCUCAGGAAAGCUUUCCCAGUACAGACACCCAGUCAGACUAUUUUGGCCAAAAUCAAAGUGUUAUGAUUACUUAUAUCAAGAAGCAGAAGCUCUUCUGAAAAAUUUUCCAAUUCAAGCCACAAUUUCAUUUUAUGAAGAUUCUGAUAGUGAAGAUGAUAUUGAGGAGCUGAUCUGUGAAAAUUAA